UCUACAUUUCCAAGCUUACCCUCACCUUUUUCUUUGCCUUAACAAGUCAAAUCUCUUGCCACACCCAGAGGCGGAACAAGUCUCCUCCUACAGUCUGUCAUCGGUUAUAAACCCUAACAAAUUUUACUCUUUCUUUUUAUUUAUUUAAUUAUUGCGUUUCUUUGUUACUUUAUUUCGCUUUUGCUCUCUCACACACCAUGGGUGGAAAUGGUAAGCACCAUAGAUGGAAAAUCUCCUUCUAUCAUCGUUCUAGUUCAUCUCCCAAACCACCUCCUAAAGAAUUCCUCUGUCCGAUUUCCGGGUCGUUGAUGUUUGACCCGGUUGUGGUUUCCUCAGGUCAAACGUUCGAGCGUGUUUCCGUCCAAGUCUGCCGGGAUCUUGGGUUUACACCGGGUCUUGAAGACGGGUCUACGCCCGAUUUCACUGCUAUUAUUCCAAAUUUAGCUAUGAAGACAACCAUUCUCAAGUGGUGUGAUAGUACCCGCUCCGAACACCCGUCCGGUCCCGAUUAUAAUUCUAUAGAAAACAUCGUCCGCUCGAAAAUGAAGUCGUCGGAUAGACCGGAGUCGUCGACAUCGAAAUCGACUCCUGAUAUAAGGUUUUCGGAGAGGGAGUUGUUGAAAGGCGUUGCGGAGAAUCCACCGGUGAUGUUUUCUCACGCGGUGACCGAGGUGAAUCACCGAGUCAACCAUUUCUACUCGAGCUCAUCGGAAGAAUCGGUGGUGGUCGCUCCGUCGAGUCCUCUCACUCCGUUACCUCUGGCGACACGGCCAGCUUGCUACGCUUACUCCACGUCAUCGUCUUCCUCAGCCGAAAUCACGGACGCUGAAGCCCUGGCGCAACAAAACGUGACGACAUCAUCGCCUGAAGAAGAAGAGUUACUGAGGAAGAUGAGAAGCAACGACAUCGUUUUGCAAGAGGAAGGAGUGACGAAUUUACGGAAGCUGACUAAAGACAAGGAAGAUAUCAGGGUUAGCUUGUGCACGCCGGCGUUGCUCUCGGCGCUGAAGCCGUUGAUCGCUUCGAGGUAUUCCGUUGUACAAACAAACGCUAUUGCUUCCCUCGUGAAUCUUUCUCUGGGGAAGCCAAAUAAAGUUCUCAUCGUACGGUCAGGAAUCGUUCCCUUGUUGAUCGAUGUGUUAAAAUCAGGAUCCGAUGAGUCGCAGGAGCACGCGGCCGGUGCGUUGUUUAGUUUAGCUUUGGAUGAUGAAAACAAGAUGGCAAUCGGUGUUUUAGGCGCGUUGCAGCCAUUAAUGCACACUCUUCGCGCCGGAAGUGAGCGUACUCGGCAUGACUCGGCGCUGGCGUUGUAUCAUUUAACUUUGAUCCAAAGCAACCGAGUCAAACUCGUUAAACUCAACGCGGUGGCAACGUUGGUGACGAUGGUGAGGUCGGAUGAGUCGGUGAGUCGAAUCUUGUUGAUAUUAUGCAACUUGGCCGUGUGUAACGAGGGAAGAUCGGCGAUAUUAGACACGAAUGGGGUGUCGAUUCUGGUGAGUCUAUUGAGAGAGAGGGAGUCAGAGUCAGAUGCUACUCGGGAGAACUGUGUGGCGGCGUUGUUUGCAUUGGCUCACGGAAACAUGAGGUUCAGAGGGCUGGCUAAAGAUGCCGGAGCUGCAGAGGUGUUGAGAGAGGUUGAAGAAAGAGGUAGCCAGAGAGCAAGAGAGAAAGCCAAGAGGCUUUUGCAGAUAUUGAAAGGAAGAAAGGAGGAAGAUGAUGAGGAUUGGGAGGGUGUGUUAGACUCGGGGGGGAUGAGUCAGACUCGGGUCCGAGUUGGACUGAACUUGCAUGGAUCCAACUCAACCAAUUUUUAAUUUCUUUUUUUUGGUAAUAAAAUUGUGACGUGUAAGUGUAACUGUCGAAACCGCAAGGAGGGUUGGUGGUGGGGGAACGAAACGAUGCCGUGUUGAAAUGGGGUGUGUGUAAUUAUUGGUUGGUUACUUUUUGUUGUUUUCAAUGAUUUUUUGUUUUAAAUUAAAAGUUAUAGUGGGUGUACUGUAUUUGUAACAGAUGUUUGUAUUUUUGUACGUGUACAGAUACAUAAAUAGGAACAUUUGAGAACGAUGAAAUCUUGCUUCUGUUGUUGUAA